AAAGUAAUAUAAUAAACUGUGCCCUGUAUGAAUAAGGACGGAUCUAAGUUAGGGAUACAAGAAGGAGAAGAAGAAGGUGCAGCAAUAGAUCAAGAUAUUCUGCAGUGAUAGAGAAAAUCACGCAACGGAGAUGGAUCAUCCAGAGCCGUCGACAUCGGGUGACAUCAAAGAAAAGAAGAGGACAUCAAAAAUGAAAGUAUUCCAGUACUCUUGGUUAAGUAUAGAUAUUUUUAAAGAAUGGUUAAUGCCACACGAAGAUAAUAAAAAGGCUCUCUGCACGGCUUGUGAUAAAGUUAUUUUAUGUGGCAAAUCAGAUUUAAUAAGACAUUCCAAAACAAAGUUACAUGUGACGAAUAUUAGUAAGAGCCGUAAUGUCACACCAUCUGCUUUAUUGCCUAAGCUCAAAUGUAAUAUUAAAGAUGCGGACCAUGUUAAGAAAGUUAAAACAGCCGACAUAGAGAUAGCUGCUUUUUACGCGGAACAUAAUAUAGCUUUUAGAACUGUAAAUCACAUGGUCCCUUUAAUGAAAAAAACUGCACCGGUAAUUAACGAUGUGAAAAUGUCAAAAACAAAAUGUACAAAAUUAAUAACAAAUGUCUUAGGAAAACGCGAAACCGAUAAACUUAUUACAACUUUAAAAAGUCAGAAAUUUUCUAUUUUAGUAGAUGAAAGCACAAGUAUCUCAAACGAUAAGUUGCUUUGUAUUUUAGUAAAGUAUGUAUCAUUAGAAACCAAAAAGUGCAUUACUCAAUUAUUACAAUUAGUUGCAUUAGAUGCAACGGAUUGUUCUGCAGACAAAUUAUAUUCUGCAUUUGAAAAAUGUUUAAAAAGUAAAGGAAUACCAUUGUCAAAUAUUGUAGGAAUGGCUUGUGAUAACGCUUCUGUGAUGAUAGGAGUUCGAGAUUCUUUUGCAAGUAGAUUAAAAAAAGAGGUACCGGCCCUUGUUGUAUUAAAUUGUAUAUGCCAUUCCUCAGCUCUUAUAUCGAGUAAAGCUUGUUCAAAAUUGCCGGAUUCUUGUGAAGAUGUCUUGCAUGCAGUUGCUACAUAUUUCUCGACCAGUGCAAAAAGAUCUGCUAUCCUGUGCGAUUUCCAGAGCUUUUUUGGAGUAGAAUCACGUAAAAUCUUAAAAUUAUCAGGUACAAGAUGGCUCGUCUUACAGAAGUGUGUUACUAGACUUCUCGAUAACUGGGAAGUCUUGAAACAUUACUUCCACCUGGAAACUAUUGAAAGUAAAAAUAAAUCGGCAAUAACAAUCUUUAAUACUUUAAAUGAUAAUAAAAUUAAAGCAUAUAUGUUAUUUUUAAAAUAUUGUUUGAAAUUCUUUAAUCAGUUUAAUGCGUUCUUUCAAGGAAGGAACAUUUUAAUUCAUAAAUUAGCUGAGAGUAGUGAGCAUUUAAUAAAGCAGAUAGGUAACAAUUUCUUGCUGCCUGAGGCGUUAAAAAAUAUUUCUUUAGAAAUUAUUAACUUGCAAAAUUUUUUACCAUUAAAUUCAAUAUAUGUUGGUCCCGAAUGCGAAUCUUUGUUAAAAUUAGAGUCUUUAGAAUUUGUUAUAGAAAUAAAAUCCAGAUGUUUAUCUUUUUACAUAACCGCGUUAAAAGAAAUGAUAAAACGAUUGCCUUACAAUAAUGAAAUGUUUCGAGAACUGACAUUUUUAGAUCCAAGUAUAGCGUUGAGCGACGAAAGUAGACUUACCUUUCCAGACUUGAGAAAUGUAGCAAGACAUUUUCAAAUUUCCGAUAUUACGGCUUUAGCCUGUGAGUGGAGAACGUUGCCUAUUGUAUUUAAUGACGCGGAUAAAAUUCAUUUAGCUAACUUAGAACUUGAUGACAUGUGGAAUAAUAUUUUUCAAAAAAAGAAUUUGAAUGGUGAACCGUCUUUUCCAAAUUUAGAAAAUUUAGUACAUGCAGUUAUGUCACUUCCACAUUCCAAUGCCGAAGCAGAGAGAAUUUUUUCAAUUGUUACAGAUGUGAAAAAUAAAAAGAGGAAUCGGCUUGAUGUCGCCACUUUGGACGCAGUUUGUAAACAACCUUCUUGAGAUGCCUCCAUUUCGUCAGACUGCGGCAAUAUGAAGUAUUUAUCACAUGUAUAUUUAUUCAUAUGUAUAUUUCUUAUGUACAAUGUUAUUUUUUUAAUACUGGUAAGGUUUUCUGCAGUUUCCCUUACCCUAGCAACAAAUGUUGGUAUUCAUAUAAUAAAUCGGCUGCAGACGUACAAAAUAACAAAUAAAUUAAU